UUGUUUCCUCUAUCCUCUAGAUUGAUGGAAAAGCUGCUUUGCUAGGAUUUGUGGGGGCCCCAUGGACAAUUGCAACUUACAUUGUUGAAGGGGGGAUGACCAACACGUACACAAAUAUAAAGAGCAUGUGCCAUACAGCUCCAGAUGUCUUGAAGGGUCUUCUCUCUCACCUUGCACAAGCCAUAUCUGACUAUAUCAUUUACCAAGUUAACUCGGGGGCCCAGUGUAUACAGAUAUUUGAUUCAUGGGGUGGACAGCUUCCACCUCAUGUGUGGGAGCAGUGGUCAAAACCAUAUAUCAAACAGAUUGUGAGUAGGAUUAAGAAAGAGUGCCCUAAUGUACCCCUUGUGUUGUAUAUAAAUGGAAAUGGAGGUUUACUUGAGCGCAUGAAGAACACAGGAGUUGAUGUUAUUGGGCUUGACUGGACAGUGGACAUGACUGAUGGAAGGAGGCGCCUUGGUAAUGGCAUUAGUGUACAAGGGAAUGUGGAUCCAGCAUUUUUGUUCUCACCAUUACCAGUACUGACUGAUGAAAUUCAUAGGGUUGUGAAAGCAGCUGGUCCAAAAGGUCAUAUACUUAAUCUGGGCCAUGGUGUACUUCAGAAAACACCCGAAGAAGCUGUAGCACAUUUCUUUGAUGUCACAAGGCGCUUGAGAUAUGACACCCUUUUCCAAGGUUCUGUUGCUGAAGAAUUGCAUCACGUUGCUUGACAACGGCAAUGACAUUCCCAUUUUUCAUCAAGUGGUGUAUUUGAUCUGUCAUAUCAUCUUAGAGUCGUAGUAGAUUCCUAGUGUUGCCUGCAUUCUACCUUUCAAGAGAGACUCAUUUUCUUAAGCCUGUAUAUGUAUUGCAGAGAUACCGGCGGCAAAUCUAGUGCAAUUUUAUUCAUUGUUUGUUCGUUCCAUUAUUCAUCUGGCUGAAGAAGGGAUGCAUGAUGACCCUGGUUUGGUUUCAAUGAUUAAUGACAAUAUAAAUUAUUAUAGUUAA